AUGGUGUGGGUGCUGUACUGUACAACAGCUUUUACACUCCUUGCCCUCGCUCUGAAGGUGUCUGUCUUAGGCCCUCACCGGAUCAAUAAUAUCUCCAUCCUCCGGAUCAAUAAUAUCUCCAUCCUCCGGAGUCGAACAGACGACUCCUGCAUCCAACAGUGGCAUGGUUUCGGACAGGAGCUUGUGAAAAAAGUGCAUGCAUGCACUUUGCUGAUGUACAUGUGUUAUACUGUACGGCAGUUGCUACAGUAUUCAGUUCUCAAUCGCCUGCAUCCGCUCGAUGGAUGUGGUAUGAUCAUCGGGACCCGAGGAUAA